CUCCACAGCCGAACGGUCUUAUUGAUUCAUCAACACUGUAUUCCGCCAAUUUGUAGACGCUUCGCAUCCCGCCAAUUUUUGCAAAUGCCAUCAUCGACCAAUUGCGACGACAUUCAAGUUGCCAAGAAAAUGAAGUUCGAAGACAAGUGCGUGCUUAAAUUCGCAAAGCUCACCGAAAAUGCUCUGGAGCCGGUAAGGGGAUCAGUCAAGGCUGCGGGAGUUGACCUGCGUAGCGCCUAUGACCUGGUUGUUCCUGCCCGAGGAAAGGCGAUCGUAAAGACCGAUCUGCAGGUGCAGGUUCCCGAGGGCUCCUACGGACGGGUGGCCCCGCGAUCUGGACUGGCCGUAAAGAACUUCAUCGAUGUGGGUGCCGGCGUGGUGGACGAGGACUACCGCGGCAACCUUGGCGUCGUCCUCUUCAAUCACUCGGACGUGGAGUUCGAGGUGAAGCGUGGCGACCGCAUUGCCCAGUUCAUUUGCGAACGCAUCUUCUAUCCGGAACUGCAGUUGGUGGACAAGCUGGAGGACACCGAGCGCGGCGAGGGAGGAUUUGGUUCCACGGGCGUCAAGGAUCUGCCGGCGGCCAAGGCCCAGAAUGGCAACGGGCAAAAGGCAACCGAACCGGAGGAAGCUGCUCCCGCUCCCGCUCCCAUUGCCACGUAGAGGAGAAACUAUCGUACUAUUAAGCACAUCGUAUUUAUGGGCCAACGUUUCCUAGGCCCUUCAUGUUCAUAAUCCAAGGAAAGAGGAAAAAGUUGAAUAAUGUGUAUUUAUUUGUCUAUUAAAGGCUGCCAGUCUACCAAUGAAAAUUAAA